CCCAGCAGCAGUAUCAGUGAGGAGCUCUAUGGGUUAUUGCCUAGGAACCUUCUAUCCCUGCAUUUCCAGUGAAGAGGACUGAGAGCAGCUCACUACUUCAUCAUGGCUUGUGUGUGUGUGUGGGGGGACACCCUCUGGAUUACCCCCUUAUUGUAACCUGUGGCUUCUUCUAAGAGUUUGGAUACUUAAUGGAGCAAUUGAUUCCUUGUUUCUAUUGAUGUGCAAUGACUGUGACAUCCUCUGCCAGGGACAUCUAUACAGGAGCUUUGUAAGUUCCAGCACUGGAUCCACUUAUGUGUAAAGAGAAGUUGGACAUAAUGAUCCUCACACAAAUAGAGGCAAAGGAAGCAUGUGAUUGGCUGCGGGCGGCAGGGUUUCCUCAGUAUGCACAAUUAUAUGAAGAUCUACUGUUUCCCAUUGAGAUCUCUGCUGUAAAGAAGGACCAUGAUUUCUUGGAUAGAGAUGCAAUUGAAGCCUUAUGCAGGCGAUUGAAUACGCUAAAUAAAUGUGCGGUGAUGAAGCUGGAAAUCAGUCCAAAUCGAAAGAAGAGUGAAGAUUCAGAUGAAGAUGAACCUUGUGCAAUCAGUGGUAAAUGGACGUUCCAAAGGGACAGUAAGAGAUGGUCCAGAUUGGAAGAAUUUGAUGUGUUUCAAGGACAUAAACUGGCACUUGGUGAUAAUCAUCAGCUGGGAAAUGCUAUCAGCCAGGAUAGCAUCCUUACAGACCUGAGCGAGCACCAAGAAGUUUCAUCUAUCCACAGUACCAGCAGUGACAGUCAGAGAGCACAUGUUCCCAGCGAGGCAGGCACUACAAGAACAAACUCCGUUAACAGUGUUUGUUCAUCUGGAAACUUUUUUGCGAAUGAUGACUCUUUUGGUAGCCUUCCAUCUCCUAAGGAGCUUUCCAAUUUUAACUUCAACAUCAAGGCCAAUGACAAAUCAAGGUCUAGAACUAAAAGCCUUCUGAAAAGAAUGGAAAGUUUAAAGAUCAAAACUUCUCACAGCAAAAAGAAAUCACAGUCCAAAACCGGCUUGACAAUCAGCGAACCUAUCUUACAAGAAGGGGUGGAUGAUGAUAAGCUAAAGCAACUGAACUGUGUGGAAAUAACUUCCCUGAAUGGAAACCAUAUUAAUGCCCCCAAAGUGCGCAAGAGGAGCAUAUCCAACUCCACGCAGACCAGCAGCAGUAGUAGUCAGUCAGAAACAAGCAGCGCAGUCAGCACACCGAGUCCAGUUACAAGAACACGUAGCUUAAGUGCUUGUCACAAGAGAGUUGGAAUGUACUUAGAAGGGUUUGACCCCUUCAACCAGUCAACCUUUAGUGAUGUUCUUGAACAAAACUAUAAGAACCAGAGGAAUUUUGGUGAUGAUGCUGUGUUUUUUAUCCCCGAGGACCACAAGCCUGGAACAUUUCCAAAAGCACUUUCAAAUGGUAACUUGUCCCCUACAGACAGUACUUCCUCUGUGAGCUGGAGAAAUGGGAGUUUUCAUGGACAUAACCACCUCAACUUCACAAGAGAAAACAGCAUAAGCAGCGUCAACAGCUGCAAAAGUUCUUUCAGUGGUAGGAGACGCACUUCUUGUUGUUCUGAAGGAAGCCGCUUGAGUAUCUAUGACAAUGUACCCGGCACAUUUCUGUACUCUAGUAAUGGGGACUUGGAAGAUCUGGAACAUGAAGACAUUUUCCCAGAACUGGAUGACAUCUUGUACCACGUCAAGGGGAUGCAGAGAAUUGUAAAUCAGUGGACAGAGAAAUUUUAUGAUGAGGGAGAUUCCGAUUCAGCGCUAGACUCUGUGUCCCCUUGUCCUUCUUCUCCCAAACAGAUACACUUAGAUAUUGACAAUGACUGCAGUGCUCUUAGUGAUUUGGAUAGCACAGGGAACUCAUUGAAUGAGUGUGAGGAGACCACGGUUAUCCAAGGAAGAAGAGACUCUGGAGUAGGCGCAUCCUUGACAAGAUCCAAUAGGCAUCGGUUCAGAUGGCACAGCUUUCAGAGUUCUCACCGGCCCAGCUUACGGUCUGCCUCACUUCAAAUCAACUGCCAGUCGGUGACUCAGAUUAACCUGCUGCAGAAAUAUUCACUUUUAAAGUUGACAGCUCUCCUGGAGAAGUACACCCCAUCCAACAAACAUGGAUUCAGCUGGGCUGUGCCAAAGUUUAUGAAGCGUGUUAAAGUUCCAGAUUACAGGGACAAGAACGUAUUUGGCGUUCCUCUAACCGUUAAUAUCCAGAGAUCAGGACAGCCGCUGCCACAGAAUGUACAGCAAGCCAUGCGAUAUCUGCGCAGUCAGUGCCUGGAUCAGGUGGGAUUGUUCAGAAAGUCAGGAGUCAAGUCCAGAAUCCUGGCACUGCGGGAAAUAUGCGAGAACAGUUCUGAUGCACUGAUGUAUGAGGGACAAUCUGCUUAUGAUGUUGCUGAUAUGUUGAAGCAGUAUUUUAGGGACCUGCCAGAGCCGCUUCUCACAAACAAGCUCUCAGAAACAUGCCUUCAGAUUUACCAAUAUGUUCCAAAGGACCAGCGUCUCCAAGCAAUAAAAGCUGCCAUUAUGCUUCUGCCUGACGAAAACCGAGAGGUUCUCCAGACUCUCUUAUACUUUCUGAGUGAUGUAGCUGCAGCUGUGGAUGAAAAUCAGAUGACACCAACCAACCUGGCUGUCUGUUUGGCACCUUCAUUAUUCCACCUAAACACCUUAAAGAGAGAAAACUCCUCUCCAAGAGUAAUGCAGAGAAAGCAAAGCUUGGGAAAACCUGAUCAGAAAGAUUUGAAUGAAAACCUUGCUGCCACCCAAGGCUUGGCACAUAUGAUCGCUGAAUGCAAAAAACUCUUCCAGAUCCCUGAGGAAAUGAGUAAAUGUCGCAAUUCGUAUAUGGAACAAGAUUUGAGGCCUGUGUGCCUGGAGGAGUUGGUCAUUGGCAAUGCUGAGGGCCAGUGUGAUUAUCAGUCGUACCUUCAAGAGGGUAUUGACAAUUUACUAAAGGAGGCCAAGGACAAGUUUAAAGGCUGGGUCAGCUGCUCCACGUCUGAGCAGGCCGAUCUUGCAUACAAAAAAAUUCCAGAUGGCCCUCCACUCCGACUAUGGAAAAGCACUAUAGAGAUUCCAGCCCAGCCAGAAACUGUUCUUCAGCGUCUUCUAAAAGAGCAGCACAUGUGGGAUGAAGAUCUCCUGGAUUCAAAAGUUAUUGAGACAUUAGAUGAACAAACUGAUAUUUAUCAGUAUGUCCAAAACAGCAUGGCUCCACAUCCGCCUCGAGACUUUGUUGUCUUAAGAUCCUGGAGAACAAAUUUGCCCAAAGGAGUCUGUGCUCUUCAGACCACAUCUGUUGAACGAGACCAAGCUCCUUUACUUGGUGUGAGAGUCAAUGUGCUUUUAUCCAAAUACCUCAUUGAGCCUUGUGGCACAGGAAAAUCCAAGCUUACCUACCUGUGCAGAGCAGAUAUGAGGGGCCGUACGCCAGAAUGGUACAAUAAAGUUUUUGGACAGUUGUGUGCAGCUGAAGUUGUUAGGAUUCGAGACUCUUUCACCAACCCACAAUCUGAAAGCAAUAAUGGAAAAUCAAGGUGACAUAUCUAGGAAAUGUAACCCAGAGCUUGGAGUAAACCAUUCAUCCGUAGGAUCGGUAGGGUCAAAUGAAGACCAACACCCCAUUUGUUGGACCUUUUGUAUGUAGUGCUGUUAUUCAGGACUGGUUAUAUGCAAGAUUUGAAGCUGCUUUUCAUCCAUAUGGUGCUUGAUGCCCUGGACUGGAAUUACUCGUCCUAUAGACUCUCGACUUUUAUCUUCAUAUAUGUUUUAUUACAUAUCAAAUGAAUUGGCUUCUGAGAAGCAAGAAUAUUUUAUUGGAAAGAUGUAUUGUACAGAAUUAUAUAUAUAUAUAUAUAUAUAUAUAU